AAAAGCUUUUUCAGAGAAAGCGGGGCGUUCGGCUUGCGAGCGGGAACUUCUCGGUCGCGCCCAGAGAAAGAACGAUUUAAAAAUGGGUGAUGUUGAGAAGGGCAAGAAGAUUUUUGUUCAGAAGUGUGCCCAGUGCCAUACUGUGGAAAAGGGAGGCAAGCACAAGACUGGGCCAAACCUCCAUGGUCUGUUUGGACGAAAGACGGGUCAGGCUGCUGGAUUCUCUUACACAGAUGCCAACAAGAACAAAGGUAUCACCUGGGGAGAGGAGACGCUGAUGGAGUACUUGGAGAAUCCCAAGAAGUACAUCCCUGGAACAAAGAUGAUCUUUGCUGGCAUUAAGAAGAAGGGAGAGAGGGAGGACUUGAUAGCUUAUCUCAAAAAAGCUACCAAUGAGUAAUAGUUGGCCACUGCCUUAUUUAUUAUGAAACAGAAGUGUCUCAUGACUUUUUAUGUGUACCAUAUUUAAAUUGAUCUCACACACUAGAAUUCAGAUCAUGAACGGCUGAUGGAAUAAUUCUGUUGGACAGUCCUGAUUUAAAUAAGAUUGGUUUGUGGCUAAACAAA